AAAUUUCUCUCUCCUCUCAUUUCCUUCACAACCCAAGAGCCAAGACUUUCUUGCUGCGUGAGAGCUCUCCGACUGCUAUUGUUUCCGAGAUAUUCCCAUUUCCCGAACACCCACCAUCGUCGAUUCCAUGGAAGAGAUCCCAUUGCCCACUUCCCACCCAAACCCAGAAACCCUAAUUUCAGAUUUCCAUACUUCCAGGGCUUUUGAUUGGGAGGAAGACGUGUCAAAGGUCGAAUCGCCAGAUUUCGAUAAGCGCGAACCCUUGGAUCAAGAAGCUCAAGAUUCUUCAAUGGACGCGGAGGAUGAAUGUUCGGCCGAUUCUGUGGUUUGCGAUUCUGGUUCAAGGCUUAUCCCCAAUGGAUUCAUGAGAUCGAACUGCACAGAGGAAGUUGUUAUGUUUGUGAAUGCUGGAGGUGACGCUUGGACUGGAGCAGAUGCCACUCUAAAUUUUCUACCUGAUAUGUCUUUCCAAGGAGGUGAUGUUUUACGGACUGAUGAGUGUAUAGCCGAUGGCGGUGACUAUCCUUUCAUCUAUCAGUCAGCGCGUCUGGGAAACUUCUCUUAUUGCUUUAACAAUCUUUUGUCUGGAGAUUAUUUUGUUGAUCUUCAUUUUGUGGAAAUCGUAAAUACAAAUGGACCCAAAGGCAUGAGAGUAUUCAACGUGUUCAUGCAGGAAGAGAAGAUUCUGGCUGAAUUUGACAUCUUCUCGAUUGUUGGAGCCAAUAAACCAUUACAGUUAGUUGACACAAGAGUCUCCGUUAAGGAGGAUGGAGUACUUGUUAUAAAGUUUGAAGGACUCCAUGGAAGUCCUGUGGUUAGUGGAAUUUGCAUUAGGAGAGCGCCAAAAGUUUCAGUUCUACCAGCAGAACGUGAAUACCUUAUAUGUAACAAUUGUGCUGCUGAGGUAGAAGUUCCUCCAACUCAGAAGAAACACAUGCAAACAAAAGCUACAGUCAAGUUUGAGAAAAAGAUAAAUGAGCUCACUAUGCAGUGCCAGCACAAGACAGAUGAAUGCUAUGAGGCUUGGAUGUGUUUGAAUGAGGCAAAUGAACAGCUGGAGAAGGUUAGGAUGGAACUUGACAAUAAGUUGUUCCAGACAUACUCUCUAGAUCAAGCUUUGGAGAAACAAGCUGAAAAGCUUAGGAAUAUUUCUAGCAGGUAUGAGCGCGAUAAGAAUUUUUGGGUUGCAGUCGUUAAUGAUUUGGAAGGGAAAGUAAAAAUCAUGAAGCAAGAGCACUCUCAGCUUUGUCGUGAAGCACACGAGUGUGCUGAUUCAGUUCCUGAGUUAAAUAAAAUGGUUUAUGCAGUUCAGGCAUUGGUUGCACAGUGCCAGGAUCUCAAAAUGAAGUACAGUGAAGAGCUAGCAAAGAGAAAGAAACUCUAUAACCAAGUUCAAGAGGCAAAAGGUAAUAUCCGAGUUUUUUGCCGUUGCCGUCCGUUAAGCAAGGAUGAGGUAUCAGCUGGGAAUGCAACAGUUGUAGACCUUGAAUCAGUGAAGGAUGGAGAUCUUGGGAUCCUAACUGGAGGGUGCACCAAAAAGAUAUUCAAAUUUGAUCGAGUUUACACACCAAAAGAUGAUCAAGUUGAUGUGUUCGCGGAUGCUUCACCAAUGGUGAUUUCAGUAUUAGAUGGCUACAAUGUAUGCAUAUUCGCUUUUGGGCAAACAGGGACAGGGAAGACUUUCACAAUGGAGGGUACUGAGCAAAACAGGGGAGUCAACUAUAGGACUCUUGAGGAAUUGUUUAAAAUUGCCAAGGAAAGGAGUGAAACUUACACCUAUAACAUCUCUGUUAGUGUGCUUGAAGUCUACAAUGAGCAGAUUAGAGACUUACUGGCUACAUCACCAGCUUCCAAAAAGUUGGAGAUCAAGCAAGCCUCUGAAGGCUUUCAUCAUGUUCCAGGGAUUGUCGAAGCAAAAGUUGAGAAUAUUAGGGAAGUAUGGAAUGUACUACAGGCUGGAAGCAAUGCUAGGGCUGUUGGAUCCAAUAAUGUCAACGAGCACAGCAGCCGCUCCCACUGCAUGCUUUGUAUAAUGGUAAGAGCAAAGAACUUGAUGAAUGGGGAGUGCACCAAGAGCAAGCUUUGGCUUGUGGAUUUGGCAGGCAGUGAGAGGCUUGCCAAGACUGAAGCACAAGGGGAGCGACUUAAGGAAGCCCAAAGCAUCAAUAGAUCGCUUUCAGCUCUUGGAGAUGUGAUAUCUGCUUUAGCAGCUAAAAGCAGUCACAUUCCAUUCAGGAACUCUAAGCUGACACAUUUACUUCAGGAUUCGUUAGGGGGUGAAUCAAAGACUCUGAUGUUUGUGCAAAUCAGCCCUUCAGAUAAAGACUUGGGUGAGACCUUGAGUUCGUUAAAUUUUGCAACCCGGGUUAGAGGUAUUGAAUUGGGUCCUGCAAAAAAGCAGAUUGAUACAGGAGAGCUUCAAAAGAUGAAAAUGAUGCUUGAUAAAGCAAGACAGGAAUCCAGAUCCAAAGAAGAAUCCCUACGUAAGCUAGAAGAAAGUUUACAGAACUUAGAAAGUAAAGCAAGAGGCAAAGAUCAGAUUUACAAAAGCCAACAGGAAAAAAUUAAAGAACUUGAAGGCCAGAUUGAGGUGAAGGCAGCAUUACAAAGUCAGUCUGAGAAGCAAGUUUUGCUACUUUCCGAGAAAUUGAAGGGGAGAGAAGAAAAUUGUAUUUGUCUUGAACAUAAGGUUAAAGAUCUAGAGAGCCAGCUUAAAGAGCGAGAGCAGUCAGAGUCUGCAACUUUUCAACAGAAGGUUAAUGAUCUUGAAAACAAGCUGAAAGAGCAAGUGAAGGAGUCUGAAAUCCAUUCCAGUAUCCUUCAGCAUAAGAUUAAGGAGCUUGAAAGAAUACUAGAAGAGCAGCAGGAGCAGAAUUCCGAGUCCUUGCUUCAUGAAAAGAUCAAGGAGCUUGACGACAAGUUAAGGGAGCAAGAACUGAAAUUGUCAUGUACAAAUCCAGAUCCUGCUGGUGCAUCUAGAGCCACCACGCCCAUGGAAAGAAAGUGUCAUGCAAAAGAUGAGUCCAUGGAAAGAAAAUGUCAUGCAAAAGAUGAGUCUAUAAUUGAAUCUAACAUUUUAAAGAAUUCAAACUCAAUGAAGCGUCGGACUAGUCAUGGUUCUAUGUUACUUAGAGGAAAUGACUUGUUUCGUGAUGCGAGAAGGAAACGAGAGUUUAGAAGUGAAAUGGAGAAAAAUAUUAAUCUUGUAUCAACAAAUUCACUUAAUGAGAACAAGUUUAGGCAAUCUGAUCCACUAAAGCCAUCUGUGAGGGUAGCAAGAACAGCAAAGCCGAUCACAGUCACUGCCCAAAGGCCCUCUUCAUCCCACAGUGGAAGAGAUCAGGCUCAAGGAAUUAAGGAGAGGGACAAGAAGAGGAUUUGGUCAAGAUAGUAGAAUGAAAACCAAGGGAAGUCAACUUAAUUUUUUGUUGUCUUCGAAGUGUCAAUCUCAAGCUUGAUGUAUCUUAAUUUUCACAUUAUAUGCAUGAUUUUUUAUUCUUGAUUUAUAAGUGCGUGUACAAUUUUUUGGGGCGAAACAUGCCUUGGUUUGCUGAAAUUUCUGAAGUGAUGUUUGAGGAGAAACAUCAAAAUUCUUAAUAGAAAUUAUGACCAUAUUUGAUUCAUAUUAGUAAAAUCAAAUUGAAUUCUAUCCUAUAAAUUAAAUUUGGUUGUGUUUUGA